AUGAAGAGUGUUCCAGUCCCUUCAUCAUCUUUGUGGCCCUUUGCUGGGCUCACCCCAUUCGAGGUGUCACUUGUUCAGCUGCUGCUGCUCAUUAAAUACAAAUCUCCAUUGGCAGGAGCAGUUACAGGGUCGUGGAUCUUGGACCAAGAUCCUCAAAACCCCCUAGCUGUGCGAGGUUUCCGUGCCGCCCGUGCACUGCCUUUGUGUCCUGACGCUCUGUUUCUCCAGGAAUGUCGGUAUUUGCAUGGGGAGUUUCAAGGACCUGCCUGUGGACGCGACGGCCCCUACACGCCUGACGUGUUCUUCUGGUGCUGCAUCCUCUUCUUCGCCACCUUUGCCCUGUCAAGCUUCUUGAAGAAGUUUAAAACCAGCCGCUACUUUCCAACCAGAGUACGGUCCACAGUGAGCGACUUUGCUGUUUUCCUCACCAUCGUCAUCAUGGUGCUGCUUGACUUCGUGGUUGGGAUCCCAUCGCCGAAGCUCCACGUCCCCCACGCGUUCAAGCCUACCAGAGACGACCGUGGGUGGUUCAUCAACCCCAUAGGACCCAACCCUUGGUGGACGGUGUUGGCUGCGCUCGUCCCAGCUCUGCUCUGCACCAUCUUGAUAUUCAUGGACCAGCAGAUCAGUGCCGUUAUUGUGAACAGGAAGGAGCACAAGCUGAAGAAAGGAUGCGGGUACCACCUGGACCUUUUCAUGGUGGCCGUGAUGCUCGGGGUGUGCUCUGUGAUGGGGCUGCCCUGGUUUGUGGCUGCGACCGUGCUGUCCAUCACCCACGUGAAUAGCCUCAAAGUAGAGUCUGACUGCUCAGCUCCAGGAGAACAACCCAAGUUUCUGGGGAUACGAGAGCAGAGAGUCACCGGCUUGCUGAUCUUUGUGCUCAUGGGCUGCUCCGUCUUCUUCACUUCCGUGUUAAAGUUUAUACCAAUGCCUGUGCUUUAUGGCGUCUUUCUCUACAUGGGUGUGUCGUCGCUCAGAGGAAUUCAGUUCUUUGAUCGCUUGAAGCUGUUUUGGAUGCCGGCGAAACACCAGCCGGAUUUCAUCUACCUGCGGCACGUGCCCUUGCGAAAGGUGCAUUUCUUCACGGCGAUCCAGCUGAUCUGCCUCGUCCUGCUCUGGACCAUCAAGGUGUCCCGUGCCGCCAUCAUCUUUCCCCUGAUGGUUUUGGCUCUCGUCUUUGUCCGGAAAGCGAUGGAUUUCUGCUUCUCAAAGCGAGAGCUCGGCUUUCUGGAUGACCUUAUGCCAGAAAGGAAGAAGAAGUUGGACGAUGGCAGAAAUGAAGCCGGAGAAGAAGGAGAGGAGUCCCAGAAGGCGCUGGAAGCUGCUGCUGCUGCAAGUUCAGUUCAGCUGAGCGUGGGGAAGACCAGUGACGUGGAUAUCGCAAAGCAACGCAGUGACAAGACUGAUCCUUCUGAGAUGAUUAUCCUGGAUGAAAUGUCACAAACGCCCGUAUGGAAGGCUCUCACUUUGAAGACAGAAACCCUUUGAAUCCAGGGAGGAAAAAGGAAUCUUGACUUUGAAGGAGAGGAGUGAGAGCGUGACUCGGGGAUGUGCCAACGCAGACAGAGGGAGAAAGCGCUUUGUUUCAGUUGGAGGAUUCCCAUUAAAGCCAUGCAGAUGUUUUCAGUUA